GCUCACAGCUGCCAAGGACAUCUAAGGAGCUAUUUAUUCUCUCUCCCAAUAAUAAUAAUAAUAAUAAUAAUAAUUCCUGUUGGGUUGAAUUGACCCUGGGGGGCACUUGCUCAGACCAUGGCGGCUAAAGCAGUAGAUAAACUGCCAGUGACUUUUGGUAGUUUUGUGCACCAGAUCCCAGAAGGCUUCUACCCCGGGGAGGACUCUACUCUGCCCGCGUCGGUGACCAUCUUCCCCAAUGUGGAUCUGGGGGGACCUUUGCAGAUGAGCGGAGUGACAGGAGAUGGAAUGAUCAGUGUGGAUAUGAAUAAUGACAAGCGGUCGCUGGAUUUCUCCUACUCGUCCAACUACCCCUGUGCCCCCCGCACUCAGCCGAUCGCCUAUAUGGGCAAGAUCUCCAUUGAUCACCAGUACUCGGGCUCCGGCUGGAACACAGAAGGGAUCUUCAAUCUAGUGAGCGCCGCCAGUCUCCUGGGGGUCCCGCCCUCCUCCUGCUCCUCCACCAGCUCCUCCAACGCCUCCUCGGGGUCCCCCAACCUGAGCUGCAGCAUGUCGCACCCCCAAAGUGACCUGGAGCACAUCUACUCGCCCCCCCCAUACUCCAGCUGUAAUGAGAUCUACCAGGACCUCCGCUUUCAUGGCCCCCCCACAGCGGCCUCCUACCCGCCCCCCUCUUACCCUUCUCCCAAGGGGGCGUCGGACGGGGGGAUGUUCCCAAUGAUCCCCGACUACUCGGCGCUCUUCCCCCCCCAGUGCCAGAGAGACUUACAUUCCGAUAGGAAACCCUUCCCUUGCCCCCACCCCUCACCCCUCUCCACCAUCCGCAACUUCACUUUGGGGGGCUCCAGCGAGGGGCCCAGACUCCCCAGCGCUUACAGCCCCCAGAACUUACCCCUCCGGCCCAUCCUCAGACCCAGAAAAUACCCCAACCGCCCCAGUAAGACCCCAGUCCACGAGAGGCCGUACCCGUGCCCGGCGGAGGGUUGCGACAGACGCUUCUCUCGCUCCGACGAACUGACCCGACACAUCCGAAUCCACACGGGCCACAAACCCUUCCAGUGCCGGAUCUGCAUGAGAAACUUCAGCCGCAGCGACCACUUGACCACUCACAUCCGGACACACACCGGCGAGAAGCCCUUUGCCUGCGAUUACUGCGGCAGAAAGUUCGCGCGGAGCGACGAGCGCAAAAGACACACCAAGAUCCACCUGCGGCAGAAGGAGCGGAAGAACUCGGCAACAGCGGCGUGGCGGCAACACGACGCAAGAACGUCCCUUAAGCCUCAGUCCGGCAGGGACCGGCAAUGUGCUCUACUGGGUCCGGCAGCGGCCCAUUGGGACUGUCCUAACAGGACAGGCUGACACUUACACAAUGUCAUCAAGGGAUCAAUUACUCCAGGUCUGGACUGAGAAUCAAAAUAGACCCUGGCAUUAUAGGUACACAGAGGUCCAAUCAG